AACAAAACAGAUAAAGCAGGUCGAACUAAGUUGUUUUAUGCUACAUCUCAAGGUCAUUUGAAUAGAGUAAAAGAAUUGGUAGAAAAUGGUGCAAAUGUAAACUUUAGAGAUAAUGCUGGAUGGACGCCUCUUCACGAAGCUGCACUUAAAGGACAGUAUGAGGUUGGAAAGUACUUGAUAGAAUGUGCAGACGUAAAUGCAAAAGAUAACCAUGAUUGGACUCCGCUUCAUUUGGCCUGUUUACACGGUCAUCUGGAUAUUGUCAAAUUGCUGAUUCAA